AUGUUUCAUUCGCUUAACCCUCAAAAAAGAAGUUUGGCUAUACAAAAAAAAACUGAUCAAGUAUCAUUAGGUUUAAAACUUGAUUUAGAAAACUGUGUUUCAUGUUGUUCAAAUACCAAUAAAUCUGAUUAUGAAAUUCUUAUUGAAAAAUUAAAAAUAAAAUUUAAAUCAUCAACUACAGAUCAAAAAAUUAAAAUUCUAAGUUUAUUACCGCAAUCUUGGUCUAGAGAAAAAGUAUCUAUAGAAUUUAAUACAUCUGAGUAUUUAGUUCGUUUAUCAAGAGAUUUGCUCAACAAGUAUGGUCGUGUAUUAAAUUGUGAAAUAAUUAAACUUAUUCAAAAUUUUUAUGAAGAUGAUGAGUAUAGUCGUGUAUGUCCUGGGAAGAAAGAUUUUGUAUCCAUUAAAAUAAAUAACACUAAGGAAUUGAAACAAAAACGAUUACUUUUAUGUAAUUUAAAUGAAUUAUUUGUUGAAUUUAAAAGUAAAAAUCCUAACGUUAAAAUUGGGCGGUCAAAAUUUUGCGAGUUGAAACCAAAAUGGUGUGUUUUAGCUGGUGCUUCAGGUACUCAUACUGUGUGUGUAUGUGUUCACCAUCAAAAUGUUAAACUUAUGAUUGACGGAGCUUCAUUAAAAUACGAUUUUGUAUACUUGCUUAAAUCAAUAGUUUGUGAUAUGGAUAAUUAUUUUUGUAUGAUGAGUGAAUGUUCCAAUUGUCCGAAUAACUAUGAAUACUUAAAAGAAACUAUUUCUAAAGAGCUUGAUGACGAAAACAUUGUUUUUAAACAAUGGGUAAGUACUGAUCGGGCAGAAUUAGUAACAAAUAUAGAAUGUACAGAAGAUUUUAUUGAAACUUUAAUUAAUAAAAUUAUUAAACUAAAAAAGCACCAUUAUAUUUCUAAGAUCCAAUCAAAUUUUUUAAAACUAAAAAAAGAAACAUUAGAAUUCAAUGAGUGUAUUGUUCUGGCAGAUUUUUCAGAAAAUUAUAAUUUUGUUGUACAGGAUGAAAUUCAAAGCUUCCACUGGGUUAAUAAACAAGCCACUCUUCAUCCCUUUGUUUAUUAUUAUAAAAUAGAAAAUAUAAUUAAGUGUCGAUGUAUAUGCAUAAUUAGUGAUCACAUGGAACAUAAUACCGUUGCUGUACAUACAUUUCAAAAUCACCUUAUACAAGACAUUAGAUUAACAGUUCCAUUUGUAAAAAAAAUUCAUUAUUUUAGUGACGGUGCUUCGAGUCAAUACAAAAAUAAAAAAAACUUUAUUAAUCUGUGUUAUCAUAUUGACGACUUUGGUUUUGAUGCAGAAUGGCAUUUUUUUGCUUCGUGUCAUGACAAAAACGCCAGUGAUGGAGUUGGUGGAACGACAAAAAGAGAAGUAUCAAAAUCUAGCUUGCAGCGAGUUGGUUCAAACCAAAUAUUAACGCCAAUUGAUAUGUUCCAAUUUUGCGAUGACAAAAUUAAAGGGAUAAAAUACAUUCAUGUACCCACUAUAGAAGUACAACAGAAUGAAAAAAAUCUUAAUACGCGAUUUAAAUUGUGUAAAACUAUUCUCGGUACUAGAGAAAAACACAGGAUUGUACCAAUUAAUACCAAUACCAUAAGAAGUUUUAAGACAUCAUUAACUGAUAUUUAUGAAGAUACAAUAUUCUAA